AUGGCAGAGGCGAAUAUCACCUUUGUGACUGAGUUCAUUUUCUUGGGCCUCUCCUCUCAGCCAACAGAUCAACUUGUUCUUUUCAUCAUGUUUUUAUUCUUCUACUUAUUGACAGUGCUUGGCAAUCUCAUCAUUAUCACUGUAAUCCAGAUUGAGCCCCGUCUACAAACUCCCAUGUAUUUUUUCCUGACUAACUUGUCCUUCCUAGACAUCUGUUAUACCACUACCAAUGUUCCACAAAUGCUUUCCAAUAUGGUAGGGAAGAAAAAGACAAUCUCCUUUAUUGGCUGUGCCAUCCAGAUGUAUUUUUCCCUCUCUUUUGGGAUGAUAGAAUGUGUCCUCUUGGGGGUCAUGGCGUAUGACAGAUAUGUUGCUAUUUGUGUCCCACUGCACUACACAAUCAUUAUGAACAGGCGCAGUUGUAUUCACAUGGUUGUCAUUUCCUGGAUUAGCAGCUUCCUGAGUUCUAUGGUGAUCAAUGUCCUCACCUUGAGUUUGCCCUACUGUGGGCCUAACGUGCUGAACCACUUUUUCUGUGAGGUACCCUCAGUACUGAGAUUAGCCUGUACAGACACCUCAGUCACUGAGCUGGUAGUGUUCAUCUUUAGCAUCAUCAUUGUCUUCAUUCCAUUCCUCCUCAUUGUCAUCUCCUAUGCCCGCAUCCUCCUGUCAGUCCUUAGGAUGCGUUCUGCAGCAGGAAGGCUCAAAGCAUUGUCCACCUGUGCCUCCCACCUGACGGUAGUGGCUCUCUUCUAUGGGACAGCCAUCUUCAUGUACAUGAGGCCUCAGUCUAAGUCCUCCCGGUCUGGGGGGAAGAUCAUUGCUGUCUUCUAUACCAUCAUCACUCCAAUGCUCAACCCACUGAUCUACAGCUUAAGAAACAAGGAUGUGAAAGGGGCCCUGAGAAAAGCCAUUAGCAAACAUAGCUUGGCAUAG